AUGCUUAGUAAGGAUUGUAGGGACAAUGUUAAACAAAAGGAUUGUAGGGAUAAUGUUAAACAAAAGGAUUGUAGGGAUAAUGUUAAACAAAAGGAUUGUAGGGACAAUGUUAAACAAAAGGAUUGUAGGGAUAAUGUUAAACAAAAGGAUUGUAGGGACAAUGUUAAACAAAAGGAUUGUAGGGACAAUGUUAAACAAAAGGAUUGUAGGGAUAAUGUUAAACAAAAGGAUUGUAGGGAUAAUGUUAAACAAAAGGAUUGUAGGGAUAAUGUUAAACAAAAGGAUUGUAGGGAUAAUGUUAAACAAAAGGAUUAUAGGGAUAAUGUUAAACAAAAAGAUUGUAGGGAUAAUGUUAAACAAAAGGAUUGUAGGGAUAAUGUUAAACAAAAGGAUUGUAGGGAUAAUGUUAAACAAAAGGAUUGUAGGGAUAAUGUUAAACAAAAGGAUUGUAGGGAUAAUGUUAAACAAAAAAUAUUUUCAUUUGGUUUAAAUCUUGAAAAGAGUAUUUAG